AUGUCGUUUCUCAAUAACAUUUUUUCUCGCUCCUCUCGAACCAACGUUUCUCAACAAUUACCUGCCACUACUCGUGGUGCCAUUUUGAAAGCACAACAUCCAGCAUUGACUCCUCAAGAACAAGAAUUGGUCGAUUUCAGUGAAAAGAUUGUCGAUCUUGUCUUUGUGUGUGACAAUACUGGAUCCAUGUCUGGUGAGAUCAAUGUCGCAAAAGACACCAUUCAAACCAUUAUAACUUCACUUCAUGAUCAUUUCAAAUCCGAUUUGAGAUUUUCAGCAGUGAGUUAUCGAGAUCAUUCGGAUGACUAUGCAGUCAAGGAAUGUCCUUUUACUCGUGACGUUUCAGUUGCCAAGUCAUAUAUUAAUGAAAUGUUUGCCCAAGGAGGAGGUGAUUAUCCAGAAGCUCUUGGAAGUGCUUUGAAAGUUGUUUCAGAAAUGCCAUUCAACAAAAAAGGAAAGAAAAUUGUCAUUUGGAUUGCAGAUGCACCACCUCAUGGAAUGGGUGCGAGUGGUGACAGUUAUCCAGAAGGAUGUAAAGAUGAAAAUAAUCAAGUCAUUGAUUGGAUCAAAUUAGGAGAUUUUUUAAUGGAAAAGGGAUGUGUGUUUUAUACACUAGUGUGUGAAAGAUCACAACAUGACAAACAAUUGACCUUAUUUAUGGAUUAUUUGGCCACAAAAACAAAUGGAAAAUGUUUGUUAUUGACCAAUGCCAACAAGGUUCCAAACUUGAUUAUUAACGGAUGUAUUGAGGAUGAUGAAAUGGAUAAACUCAUUGCUGAAAAGAUUAAGGAAUUGGGAGAAGAUCGAGUGAAGGAAAUGAAACAAGAGGAAUUAUUAGAACAAAUUAACAAACUCACGGAAAAUGCCAAGGUUCAACAAAUUCAAACCUAUGAAUUACAAUCGGAUCAGACCAAAUUACUCAUGCAAUGUGACUCGCUAUCAAAAGUAUCGAGUGAUGUAUAUAGACAAGCUUCAAAUUGUGUGAAUAUGGCAGGUAAUACGGAUGCCUCGACGUUUAGUUAUGGAUCUGUGGCGUAUUCCAAGCCAUCCGUGUCACAGGUUAAAAAGGCAUGUCAACGAAAUGUUGUCACUAAAAGAUAA